UGGCGGCUUGUCUUGACACAUUCCUGCGACCUAUUUUCUUGGCGAAGCGAUGGCGAUGGCGACCUUCAUCGCAUGCUUGGGUCAACAGCUUGCGCCAGAUGGUUCUGUACCCUUGACGUUGGCCAAUCGCGCUGCAAGGGCAGCUCAACUCCACAAGACUCUGGGUGCUUCCAUCAUUUUGAGCGGUGCUGAUGUUAGUAAGGUGGGCAUCACUGAAGCACAGGCCAUGAAGAGGAUCCUUUCAUCAGCGCCAUAUUCCGUGGCGCCUGAAGCAUUGCUCCUGGACGAGUCCGCGCAGAAUACCAUCGAGAAUGCGCGCAAUACCUUGUCCAUCAUCAGAGAGCACACUUCGGGAAUUGACAGUGGCAUCAAGAUGUACUUGGUGACUUCUGAGUUCCACUGCCCACGUUCGGAGUUUAUCUUCAGGACAGGUGUCGGUGGGGUGAGGCUGUCAGGCGAUGGAGGCUUAGAGGGUGGCUGUCCCAAUCUUGCUACCCCCGUUACGGUCCUCCACCGACGUCCAAAAGACAUUGAACAUCAAUGCCCAACCACUCCAUGUAGAGUAUGCCAUACCUACAACCUCCGGUCGUGCGAAAUUAUCGCUCGAAGUUGA